UUUUCUUUUCUGUUAUACAUUUUGCGGGCAAAAUGCAGCAAUUACUGGUUCUUAUUGUUGCGCUCAUCGGAUCUGUGCAAAGUGUAAACAUUACCAAGUUAUCAGCCACCAGUCGGAAAUUUAACUUCCAUUUGCGGGCGCGGAUCGUGGGUGGUCGACAAACCACCAUAGAAGACUUUCCCUAUCAAGUAUCAAUUGUUCACGACCGGUCGCAUACGUGCGGCGGAUCUAUCUACAAACCAGAUAUUAUCAUCACUGCAGCUCAUUGUUUAGUCGACAUCGAAAUGCAUGACUUGGCUGUUGUAGCCGGAACCACGGACUGGGAAGGCGGAGGCGUGGAAACUUCCAUAAGAAAAUUUGUGAUGCAUCCCAAAUUCGACCCCAAAACUUUCGACUAUGACAUCGCUAUCUUGAAACUUACGGAUAAACUGCAGUAUGGCCCGCGAAUUCAACCCAUUACGCUUCCAGUCUAUCGCCAGGAAUUCAAGCCAGGAUCAGUUGGGGUAGUUAGUGGAUGGGGAGCAUUAGGGGAAGAUGGCGAUGAUCCAGAUGAGCUCCACUUUACAAGUUUAAAAAUUGUUAGUAACAAUGAGUGUUACAAAGCUUAUCGAGAUAUUAAUCCGGUAACAAAGAAUAUGAUGUGCGCGUGGAUUCGAAAAGGAGGACAUGGAACCUGUCAAGGUGAUUCGGGAAGUGCUCUUGUAGUGGGAAAUGUGCUUGCUGGUAUCGUCUCAUGGGGGCUAGGAUGUGCGCGACCAAAUGUUCCUGAAGUUUACACCAAGGUUUCAACUUUCAGAAGGUGGCUGGAUUUGAAUAUAAAAUCAUUAAACAAUUGAGCAUCUAGCAGAAUUCCAAAUAAAAUAUUUCUAGUGAACCACAA